AUGAACAUAAAAAAUUUAAUUAAAAAUUUUGAAAUUGGUUUGAAUAACUGGCAAUUAACUAUAGUUAGCUUGCCUGAUGAUGCAGAAUUACAGAUCAUUCAUAUCUCACCAUGUCCUAUCGAUAUCAUACUAAGGAUAUCUUUCUUUUGUGUAAUAUUAUCAAAAAACAGCGGUUGCUUCGAUAUUAAAUCCGUUUAUAAACGUGACAAUAGCCUUUCAGCACACAGAUUCACAUGCGUUCAAGGCAAAGGAAAAUUUGCUCAAAAGAGGAAACGUAGAAAACAGGGAGGUUACAAUAUUGACACACGAAUGAUGUUUGUUGUAAACAUUGCUUGGUGCGGCGUUGUGGUAGCAUUAUCUUUAUCUGGUGUGGUGAAGUGCAACUCGAAUGUUAUUGAUUUUGAAAAUUUAAAUCCUGUCUUUUACGAUGGCAAAUAUAAUUGUCGAGAUGGUUUCACUAGAAAUAGAACAGAAUGUUCAGACUUAAAUGAAUGUAUUGGUAGCCUGCACCGGUGCCAUGGUAACGCUACCUGUUACAACACGCCUGGUUCAUAUUAUUGUCUUUGCAAUGAGGGUUAUGUUGGCAAUGGGAAGGAUUGCUUUGAUGUCGAGGGUAGUGAGCUUAGUGGAGAAUACUAUCAUAAUAUCACUGUUGGUUAUAUUGGAUUGUCUUGCAUAUCUACCAGUACAGGUGUUGUCAAACUAUACGAAAAAGAUCUUUAUGAAGAUAUAUACAUCGACGCCAAUGGUACACACUACAGAUCUUGUAAAGAGAGUUUUGGUGACUAUGGGACAUAACAUAGAAUUCUAGAUAGAGAUAAAUCCAAUAGUUUAUUCGAUCAUGAGUUAAAGUUGGUUUGAAUCAGGGAGACCUUUCUUCUCAAGGUUGGUUUUAAAUUGCGAUGUGCUACUUAAUCGUUCUUUUUUUGCAAGAAGGGAAUGCAAGAAAGAAAAACAGGUCGUUAAAUCAUCUCUAUGGUGGAAUGGCGUUUUGUGAGCAUUGCAGUAAAAACGACAAAUCCGUUACAAAUUAAUUUCAUGAGUUGGAAACAUAAAUACGGUAUAACAUUAUAUCAUAGAGGUAGAAUUUUUUUUCACCCUAUGAUUAUUUAUUUAGAAGAAGGAGAAAUAAGAACUUUUAUAAAAAGUCGAUUUGGAAAGAGAUAUAAUUGUAAUAAAACAUUAUUUUUAUGCAUAAACCUUAUGUACAAAAAGAAAGUUAUAAUAUGCAAUUCAUGAAAUAAUUUAGCAAUUAUAAAUACAAUAU